AUGAGCCAUGCAUUCAGAUGGCUUGCAAGUGUCAACGGCAAGGCUAACGUGCCAGAAGGGAAGCCGAUCCGGAAGCUUCCCAAGGAAAUCAACAUUGCCGCCAAUGCCUCAGGGCGUGAGCUCUACGACAGGCUCGCCCAGAAGACCGGAUAUUCAAUUCAUCGAUUGAGAGUCACCAAAGGUAGCGAUGGCAGUCUGGUGCCUAAUGGCAAGGAGACCGUUUAUGACACGGGGCUCCGAGACCAGAGCAUCAUCUAUGUGAAGGAUCUUGGCCCUCAGAUCGGAUGGCGGACCGUUUACAUUAUUGAGUACCUGGGACCGCUGAUUUUCCCUGCCCUCGUUCUCUACGUUCUGCGACCGUACCUGUAUUUCAACUUCGAGCAACCGCUUCCCGAACCAUCAAACCUUCAGGCCAUUAUCUGCGCCCUCCUGACUGUGCACUUCAUCAAGCGCGAGAUCGAGACCAUUUUCAUCCACCGCUUCAGCCUCGCGACCAUGCCGGCUCGCAAUAUUGUCAAGAACUGCACGCACUACUGGAUUCUGGCUGGUGCGAAUAUCACAUACUGGGUCUUCCGUCCAGACUCCCCGGCUGCGACAGAGAAUGUCCAUCCCAUCUUGCUAUAUACCGGACUGGCCCUCUUCGUCUUUGGCGAGUUGGCCAAUCUGAACGCGCACUUGGUGUUGCGAGACUUGCGCAAGCCUGGAACCACGGAAAGAGGAAUUCCAAAGGGAUUUGGAUUUGACCUGGUGACUUGUCCUAACUAUAUGUUCGAGGUCCUUGCUUGGAUUGGGAUCUAUUUCGUGACCGGCUUGAGCUGGAGUGUGCUGCUCUUCAUCGUCGUUGGCACCCUGCAGAUGAUGAGCUGGGCUGCGAAGAAAGAACGCCGGUACCGCAAGGAAUUCGGUGACCGGUACAAGCGGAAGAAGUAUGUCAUGCUGCCGGGUAUCUACUAG